AGUUCUCUUGUGUCAAUUUGUUUUUUUGGAUUGCAGUCAAAAACUUAUUUUUAUAUGAACACAAAAAUUUAUUUGUAUACGUAUAUUUCUCACUUUUCCUUCUCCUUCCCUAAAAUACUGCCAUACAUACAUGUCCACCAAGCCAAGAAAACAAACUGGCAGUUUUGUCAAUGAUCCCUCUGACAUCAACCUCAUACAGCUGAGUCCGCGCACUGAGUUAUUUCAGAAUGAACGCACCACAUAUACGAUGGCGAGCCACAGUUCCAAGACGAAUUUCAUCGGUGAUUCCGUUAUGCCUGAAGGUCCGCGCGCAGUUGCCGUUAGCGAAACAGGCGAGAAACAUUCGAUAAAUUUGGAAGAGGACAACAUGCCGUUGAACUUAAACCCCUUCUCUGUACCAUCUCAAUGUUCGCAGAUGUUCAAAGUGCCAAUUAACAAUACUUCUUCAACGAAAAUUUCGGGUUUUGCCAGCGAUUGUCCCAGACUCAUCACUACCAAGCGAUCGAAGGGCACUCGUCGUCAUUCGAACCAGAAGACGCGACCCAUUUUUACACCACGUAAUAUAGAUAAAAUUCCUACCCGUUUCUUGACUGACGAUUCGAAAGCUAAAUCUUGUUUGCCACAAACGGAUGUACAAACGCAAACCGAGGCCAAUGUAAGCUGCUCAGUUUUAGCACCACGCUCUUAUCAUCCGCCACCUAUGGUGCCACCAAUUCAGAUGCCACGCCGAUACAUGCCGCCCCGCGAGACAGUUGGCGAUACGCUAGACAGUUCACGUCGCCAACCGCUGAGAGUAUUGCCGCGUGAGAAGAAAACUUUUAAAAAUUACUCAGAGUUGCGCAGCAUUGCGUCUGCACUCACUUUGAUUACCGUUGUGUCGUGGCUCUUCUCGAUCUUUUUCGAACUGGAAGGCAUGUUCGACAUGUUGGGCGGUAUUUUACGUCUCCUAACCAACUGGUACAACAAGGAAGAACCGCAAAUGACAAAGAUGGAGCUGUUGGUGCAGUUUGCGCGGAAUUUUUGGUAGCAAAUAUGUGACCGGGUUGUGGGUCACGACGAUUGCGAUUUAUUAUUUAUUUCGAUUUUUUGAAAUUUACACAACAAAUGUUAAUAGAAAUCUUUUAAGAAACCCAUCCUAGUA